AAACAACAAUCAAAGAACUGCAUUUGUUAUAGUCAAAAUAUUUCCACCGAUCAAUCUCAAACAAGAGGAAAGAAAAAAAAAAAUAAUCAGACGACAAGAAAGAAAACGAACAAACAAACUCGAACUUCGAAAGGCAACAGAGAGAGAGAGACAGAGGGAAGAGCCAGAGGAUACUCAAGAUAGGAAGAAGAUGAAGUUAGACGCCAGUGAUAUAAGAUACCUCUCAAGCGACACCUUCAGGGUCCUUACGGCUGUCGAAAUGGGGUCCAAGAACCACGAAAUCGUCCCGACUGCCUUGAUCGCCAACCUUGCCGGUCUUCGGUCGGGUGGAGUGAAUAAAUGUAUCAGCGAAUUGGCCAAACGAGGACUAGUCAAACGAGAAGCUAAUUCAAAAUAUGAUGGCUAUCGAUUGACGUAUGGAGGAUACGACUUUCUGGCGAUGAAGACCUUCUCGAAGCGGACGACGGUCACGAGUAUCGGUAACCAGAUCGGGGUCGGGAAGGAAGCCGACGUCUAUGUGGUCGCUGGAGGAGAAGACGAACAACAACGGGUGUUGAAGAUCCAUCGGCUCGGACGGAUCAGCUUUCGGGCCAUCAAAUCGAAGCGCGAUUAUCUCCAGAAACGCAGGAAUGCUAGUUGGAUGUAUAUGAGUCGAUUGGCCGCCCAAAAAGAAUUCGCAUUCAUGAAAGUUUUACACGAGCAUGGUUUUCCAGUCCCGGAGCCGAUUGACCAAUCGAGACACUGCUUAGUGAUGAGCUUGAUAGAUGCGUUUCCACUCAGACAGAUCCACGAGCUGGCCGAGCCGGGGAAGCUGUACUCGGAGCUCAUGGACCUGAUCGUCAAGUUGGCCAGAGUGGGGCUCAUCCAUGGCGACUUCAACGAAUUCAACAUCCUCGUCGAUACCGCUUCUAAGCCCGGUCAAGCUGUCCCUAUCUUGAUCGAUUUCCCUCAAAUGGUCUCUACCGAACACGAGAAUGCUGAAUAUUAUUUCAACAGAGAUGUCCAAUGUAUCCGCUCCUUUUUCCUGAAACGAUUCAGAUACCAAUCCACGCUAUAUCCCAAGUUCAAUUCGAUUGUCCGCGAAGGCACCCGCCAGAUGAAUCUAGACGUCGAGGUCGAGGCCAGUGGGUUCGGGAAGGGCGAAAGCAGGAAACUGGAAGAAUACAUGGAGGUCUUUGGGGUUGGCUGUGAAGCUGCGGAGACUGAUGAUGACGAAGAUGAAGAUGGUAGUGAUGUUGAUUAUGAUAGUGCUGGAGAUGAAGAGGAUCAACUCGACAAUAGCUAUCGGAUUCCUGAUCCGCAACGGAAUGAAGAUCAUCACAAGACCGAAACUAAAGCAUUGGAGUCGACGAAGACAGCGGAAAACCCAGACCGUACUCAACCCACAGAACUCUCAGAAGAAGAAGAAGAAGAAGAAGAGGGAACACAAAGCGACGAUGGAUCAGACAACCACUCAACAAAUAGAUCGACUACCAAACCCAAGCAGAAAAAGAAGAGCAACAAAAAUGCGCAUCAUCUUCAGAAGGUCGACUUGGACGAGGAAGAAAUCAAGAAUAUCGUCAUCAAGAAGAUGCAGCGUCUCAAAGCCUCCAAUUUCAAUAAACAUCAUACCAAGAAAUCCGUUAAACAUUCUAAUCAUUCGACCCCUCUGGGCUCCAAAUUCAAAAACGACGUCAAAAGCUUAUGUUCUACUGAAUUUUAACCGUCCCUUUUUUUUGCUUUUGUUUCCUUCUGUUUUUUUUUUUAACUUAUAUUGGUUGUAGUAUUUUCUCUUUGGUUCAAUCUGAUAAUGUGAACCAUUCUUGCUAUUAGAUUUCUAGAAAUACUCUUAUACUGGUUGUAUAA